AUAGGCAGUGGCAGUUUUGACCUGUCAGUGUUCUUUCAUGUUAAGGCGCCAUGGCCGCCGAUCAAGAGCAAUUUUAUCAAAUUCUGACCACCCUUUUAUCCACAGAUAAUGCCAUCCGGACGCAGGCUGAGGAAGCCUAUAACAAUUUACCAGUCGAAUCUAAGGUGAGCCACCUGAUUUUGGCUAUACACAAUGCAAAUUUGGGAGAAGAGGCCCGCCAAAUGGCUGCUGUACUUUUGCGGCGGCUAUUUUCCAGCGAAUUUAUGGACUUUUACCCAAAAUUGCCAGCUGAAAGCCAAAGGGCUAUGAGAGAGCAGGUCCUAUUAGCCAUACAGCAAGUUCAAUCUGUUAAUUUACGUCACAAAGUUUGUGAAGUUGUAGCUGAAGUUGCUAGAAACUUAAUUGAUGAUGAUGGAAAUAAUCAGUGGCCAGAAUUUUUACAGUUUCUCUUCCAUUGCGCCAACGACCAAAAUCCCGUUCUUAAAGAAGCAGCUUUGCAAAUGUUCACAAGUGUGCCUGGAGUGUUUGGCAACCAGCAAAACAACUACCUAGACCUAAUCAAGCAAAUGUUGAUGCAAAGCCUUCAACCGACCGAAUCUUACGAAGUCAGAUUCCAAGCGGUCAGAGCCGUAGGAGCUUUCAUUUUGAUAAACGACAAGGAAACGCAAAUCCUUAAACACUACGCCGAUUUGUUGGCUCCCAUGUUGCAAGUUAUCGGAGAGAGCGUGCAACAACAAGAAGACGAUACGUUGUUGAAGGUGCUGAUUGAUUUGGCUGAAAACACCCCGAAAUACUUGCGACCGCAACUGGUGAACAUCUACGAGAUGUGCAUGAAGAUUUUCACCAACAACGACGCAUUGGACUCGUUCAGACAGUUGGCCUUGGAAGUUAUGGUCACUCUGGCCGAGAUGGCGCCAGCUAUGGUGCGCAAGAACGUCGGCAAAUACAUGGAACAACUCGUUCCGACCAUUUUGCACUUCAUGGCCGAUCUGGAAGAGGAAGAAGGCUGGGCUGAGUCGGACGAUCUUCUCGACGAAGACAACGAUUGCAAUAACGUGGUGGCCGAGGCCGCCCUCGAUCGUCUGGCUUGCGGAUUGGGCGGAAAAAUCAUUCUACCGCUGGUGACAGCCAGCGUGCCCGCCAUGUUGGCCAGUCCCGACUGGAAACCACGUCACGCUGCCCUUAUGGCUUUGAGUGCGAUUGGAGAAGGUUGCCACAAGCAAAUGGAGGCAAUUCUCUCUGAGAUUAUGGAUGGUGGGGUCUUGAGAUACCUGCAGGAUCCACAUCCAAGGGUGAGGUAUGCCGCGUGUAACGCUGUAGGUCAAAUGGCGACCGAUUUCGCGCCCGUGUUCGAAAAGAAAUUCCACGACAAGGUGGUUCCGGGUUUGUUGAUGCUUUUGGAUGACAACGCCAACCCUCGCGUGCAGGCGCACGCCGGUGCUGCUUUGGUCAACUUUGCCGAAGAGUGCCCCAAACACAUUCUAAGCGGGUAUCUGGAUCCGUUGAUGAGCAAACUUGAAGGCAUCCUGACAGCCAAAUUCAAAGAACUGGUUGAGAAAGGCACCAAGCUCGUCUUGGAACAGGUGGUCACCACCAUUGCCAGCGUUGCCGAUACCGCCGAAAACGAAUUCAUCGCUUACUACGACAGGCUGAUGCCCUGUCUGAAAUACAUCAUCCAAAACGCCAACAAGGACGAUUUGAAAUUGCUAAGAGGUAAAACCAUCGAAUGCGUCACUCUGAUCGGUAUGGCUGUUGGCCCGGAAAAGUUCAUGGCCGACGCCACUGAAGUCAUGGACAUGCUUUUGAAAACUCACGGGGAUGGCGCUGAACUGCCGGACGACGAUCCGCAGACCAGCUACUUGAUUUCUGCUUGGAGCAGAAUUUGCAAGGUUUUGGGUAAAAACUUUGAACAAUAUCUGCCUUUGGUGAUGGGACCGGUGAUGAGGACCGCGGCCAUGAAACCCGACGUUGCCCUUCUGGACAACGAAGACAUGCAAGGGGUUGAAGGCGACGAAGACUGGCAAUUCGUUUCUCUUGGAGAACAGAAGAACUUUGGUAUCAGAACUGCGGGUCUGGAAGAUAAGGCGGCCGCAUGCAUGAUGUUGGUGUGCUACGCGAGAGAGUUAAAGGACAGUUUUUCCAACUACGCGGAAGAAACCGUCAAGUUGAUGGUGCCGAUGUUGAAGUUCUACUUCCACGACGGUGUGCGUAACGCUGCCGCCGAGUCUUUGCCUUGGCUGUUGGAGUGCUCCACCUGCAGGGGUCCUGCAUUCGUUGGAGACAUGUGGAGAUUUAUUUGUCCAGAAUUGCUAAAAGCAAUAGACACUGAGCCUGAAAGUGACGUCCUUAUGGUAAUGUUGGAUUCUUUGGCAAGAUGCAUUCAAAAGUUGGGACCCUCUUACAUUGACCAAGAAUCUAUGACGGAAAUUUUGAGAAUUAUUGAUAAACUGAUGCAAGAACAUUUUGAACGCGCCAGUGAUAGACACAAGAAACAUUUAGAUGAAGAUUUUGAUGAACAGGUUCAAGAACAAUUAGAAGACGAAGAAUCGGACGACACCUACAUCCUCAGCAAAAUCGCCGACGUAUUGCACUCUCUCUUCAUUACAUACCGCGAAAACUUCCUACCCAUGUUUGACCAAAUACUCAACCACUUCGUGCAACUGUUGCAACCGGAGAGGAACUGGGCCGACCGUCAGUGGGGCAUCUGCGUGUUCGACGACGUGAUCGAAUUCGCCGGCCCCGCCUGCGUUAAAUACGAGCAGUUCUUCCUGCAGCCGUUCGCAGUCUACGUCAAGGACAAGACCUGCGAGGUGCGCCAAGCCACCGCCUACGGUUGGGGCGUUUUGGCGCAGUUCGGCGGCGAGCGUUUCGCGCCCGAGCUGGCCAAGAUUUUGCCUUUGUUGGUCGAAGUUAUCACGGCCGCGGAUUCAAAGGAUCCGAGAAAUAUCAAUGCCACAGAAAAUGCCGUAUCGGCUGUCACGAAGAUUAUGAAGUACAACCGGUCCGCCAUCAAUUUGGACGAAGUUAUGCCACUGUGGUUCAGCUGGUUGCCGGUCAUCGAAGAUGCGGAUGAAGCCCCACACGUUUAUGGUUAUCUAUGUGAUCUUAUCGAAGCCAAUAAUCUACAUAUACUAGGUGCUAACAAUGAAAAUAUUCCAAGGAUAAUAAAUAUAAUAGCGGAAGCGUUCUUCAGAGAUGCGAUAGACGCGUCGAAGCCGGAAGGUUUCCGAAUGUUAAACAUAGUUAGACAGGUCCAAUCCAAUGAAUCGUUUUUCCAAAAUAUCGUACAAGCUUUAGCUCCCGAAUUACAACAGGCCCUUCACGUUGCUUUGCACACUCCACCAGCAAAAUAGUUGUUUUUUUCUCCUUUAAGUUUAUUACUUGAUUAAAAAUUUUCAGUUGUAGCCUAUAUAUCAUUAUUUUAUAUAUGUAUGAGAGUAAAACUUGGAUGUCUCGAGUAGUGCUAUAAACUUUUCUAUUGAAUGAAAAUUUUACGUUUGUUUUAUCACAGAAGGAAAAAAAACGUUGAAUAGGAAAAUUUGUAUUGAACUAAUUGUAACUUAAUUUAUUUUUUUAAUGUUUUUAGCUCUAUUCUAGAGUACCAAACUGACCUCUUGAACCUCCAGUAGUUAAGUUCAAUAAAUCUCAAGUAAGUAGAAAUACUUCAAGUUAAUAAAGGAAUUGUUAAAAUGUUGGUACAUGUAGUUAUUAUUAUUAAUGAACUUCUGGUGGAUCGAGAUGUGUUUACCUAAACAUAUAGGUAUUAUUAUAUUUAUAUUUGUGACUGUAUAUAGAUUUUUGUGACUCUGGACGACUGUAUGUGAUACUCUUUUUUGAUUAUUAUUCAAAGCCAAGCCCGUUCAUAAUAAAAUAUUUUUGUCUACAAGUUUUUUCAUUGUUAGUGUUUUGAAAUUUAUUCACUGACAUGUUAUAUCAACAUUAUAAUAAAUCGAUUUUUCUUUA